AUGGCGCAUAUACGAUUGUUUGCGUUUGUUGUCAUAGUGACGUGUUCAAGUUUACCAGGCAUUCUUGGCAAUGCUACAUUUUCUGAACAUUCUGAACAUCCAGACUCAGUUCCAGUUGAGUUCACGUUUCCACUCCAAGAGACAAUUAACCAGAAUAAUGAACUGGUAACCAUAGUUACAGAACUUGUGGAAAUAAGCAAAAGCCUUAAAGAGAGAGUAUUGAAAUUAGAACAAGAUAGACAUACCCUGGACUCGCGCAUUGCGGAUCAGGAUAUAAAGAUGAAAGUGCUGAGGAGGUCUUCGCACAGAGGAGAAAAACAAUUGCGAAAAGAAGUGUCCUCCAUGAAAGCGAAAAAUAGACUAUGGCGAAAAGCUUUGAAAAAAGAAAAAAGAGAUAAUGAACUACUUAGUCAAGCAAAUCGGCAACUUAUGGAAGAAUUAGAUGUAACUCGACGCACUUUCAACAUAUCGCAAGCUGAAAACAAGUAUGGAAACAUUGAUCGUUUGUCUCCAGGCUUGGGUUUUUCUGCUUUCUCGGUAUCCAGUGAACACAGUCAACAAGCCAACUCGUCCAGUUUUGUCGUAGUCACCUAUGAUCACACAUAUCUUAAUACAGGCGAAAUGAACAUCACCACGGGGGUGUUCACGUGUCGCGUUAGCGGUGUGUACCAGUUCGGUUUUUCGGUAUAUGUUGCACCAGAACAACGUGCAUUUGUGCGGAUGCUAAGAAACCAGAAUAUGGAAACUGGUAUAUACUCCACAUAUGGCGAUCUGGUCCAGAGCCAGAGUCUUCUGUUACUACUGAAUAUCGACGACACAGUAUAUCUUGAUAUUGGAAUGAAUGACGGCUUUGCUAUAGGCGGCAAUAGAUUUACCACAUUCCACGGUCACUUAGUUGCACAAAACAUAACAAUAUCACAGAAUGAACCUUGA